UGUCACAUGACCACCAGCGUUUCCUGUUGCUAUUGUAUUACACUUCCAUGUUUUUCGCCCCAAACAGUACUUACACCGUAAUGUAAAACUACACCGGACGAAACAGUGACUGUCGUGUGAUUUGUUGCAAAUAGAAAGUUAGUUUACAGUCCUCUCGCGUCGCCACAGCUAGCGGAGCUGCUGACCCGGGCCAACAUGGCCAACUGUGUGGCUUUCCAGAGCAAGUUAACCUCGAUCAUGGAAAUGCUAGCUAAAGCUGCCGUGGUGGAAAUCAGCAAACUGUGGGAGGACGGCUUCGCCCUGGUUCAGGUCGAGCUCCGCCGGAGAGAGAGCGAGAUUGAAGCCCUGAACAGGAAGUUGGUGUUGAUGGAAACCGAGCGGUUAACGGUCAUGUCUCAGGCUCAGACUACAAAUCUGUCUUCAUCAUCUUCCUCCAAGAGAGAGCAGCAGAACAAGCUGCUGCCGCCCACCGGCGAUGGGCCGAUUAUAGAUUCAGUCCAAACGUUGUCACCUGAGCAGAACGUCAGAGAGAAAGCGGACACCUCAGCGAAUCACAGAACACCACCACCACCACCAUCACAGACAGAGGAGAAACAAUGCGAGCAGCUCAAGUCUGACAUCUGUGAAAGUGACUGCAGAGAUGAUGAUGAUGAGGACUUAAUAGUCAAGCUAGAGGACGAGGACGACGUUCAGAUCGUGGAGCAGAUAGUGGACUCCGAUGCCAGUGGUAACGACGGAGCAGGUCACUGUGAGAUGGAACUGAGCGUCCAACCUGACGAGGUUGUGGUAGAACAAGAGAGCCAGCAGUGGUCGUCAGUGUCAGUGGGAGACAGCGACACUGCUGAUGACUCGGACUGCUUUUUUGAACCGAAGCAGCUGUCACAAAAUCUGGACUCGGAGAUCCUGCUCAUUCAGAACGCUUUGGACCUUUUUGAUAAUUCACCAGAGACAGCAUACCCUGACAGGUUUAUGAGGGAUAAUGGACAAGGUGCAUCAAGUAAAUCAAGGACUCCUGUGAGUUCUAGCCACGCUCAGACAAGUCAGCCUAUAGAAGCAAUAAAUCACCCAGAGAGAGGAGUGUCCAUCAGAUUCCUGUCAGAGAAACAGCCUCAAAUGAAAAACACGUCAGCGUUUAACCCAGACAGCAGAUUCUUUCUUUUAAAUGACCCUGAGUUGCAUAAAACGAUAGCAAGUCGCCGUAUUAAAGAGAAAUGGUAUAUCUGCCCAUUCUGCGGCAAAAGCUUUGAUCGCGUCAGCCAUCUGGAGAUUCACCAGCGAAUUCACACAGGAGAGAAACCGUACACAUGUGACAUAUGUGGCAAAAGUUUUUCUCAGAGGAGCAACCUUCGCACUCACCAACGGACUCACAAAGAGGCUCUAUCCCAAAAUGCAGUUUGAUUCAGUAGCUUUGGAAGAGUGAGAAAAGCUAGAAAUAUCUGUGUGGCUAGAUAAAUUAACAAAUUCUCUUUGUAUUUUGAUAUUACUGGAAAGUGAUGUAGCUGACUGAUUUUACUGUGCACUUCUUUUUUGAGGGGGUGGGUAAAUUCUAAGUUUGACAUAGCUUGGACUGUAAGAACUAAUUUUGGUAUUUAUGUGCUGUUUGUAAACCCAGCCAGUUAACAGAUUUAUUAAAAAAAAUUUGGGGACAUCCAGCCCCAGUGACAUAGCUGAGUAUUUACUUUUACAGGUUAUACAUGAGGACACAAACCCCAAAGCAAACCUCUGUGUGUAUGAUGACUGUAGACCCUCUGAUACCCCUUAGCAUUUCCAUUUUCCCAUCCACAUUCCAUUUUCAGGCUCACAGUGAAAUCUGAGCAAAUAGAGCAGCCUAGACUGUGUUAUCAACAGUUGCCAUGACACGAUGACCAUGACAGAAUUGAGUGUUUUCUUUGUAAUGCUGCCGAA